UCUGUUCUGCCUGCCGGUCAUGUCGGUGUCGUGGUCGUCUCCUCCGACUAUCCCGUUCCGCGUCUCUUUUCUGCUAAUUUAAAGCAUAAGUUGUCUAAGUUUUUUUAUAAUUAGUAACUAGGUUAUUAACGAACCUUGAUCGAUAUUUCCUCCAUCCAAGCCAUAUAAUGGAUGAUACUAUAAUAUUCAUGAAACCUGUUCAGCCACAAGUAUUUCAAGCUAUUCAAAAUGUUGAUAUCGAAACCUUAGUGAAAUUUAAUCAAGAAGAAAUAAGGCCAAUAAUACCAUGCUUAGUACGCAUGGCUCUCAUAUCUCCAUUGGAUAUUACUAGAUACUGCGCUGAAGCUAAAAAGGACAUAUUAACUCUACUCUCUGGUAUAGAUUUGGUGAACUUCAUUGUUUCUCUUUUAUCAAUAGAAUUUCACACUUUAGAAGUAGACUUAAAAAAGGAACAGCAAAUGAGGCAAAAGAAUGGAUCUCAAUGCACUGAGUCUUUUUUAAUACAGAAAGUGGUCAAUGGUAUAGCUAAUGACUUUGAGCAUUCUGACUCUGCUAGGCGUGUUCGUCUGGUGCUAUCAGAAAUAUUACAGAUGCAAGCUCAGAUAACAGAGUACAAUCAAAACAAAAAUACGAAUGUUGAAUGCAUCAUCAAACCUUCAGAGCUCUUUGACAAUGAAGUUUAUUUGGAGGAAAUCACUGACGUAAUAUGCAUAAGUUUAGCUGAACUUCCAAAUUUACUUAACAUUUGUGAUGUUGUUGAAGUUCUUCUCCAUGUUAAUAAAGGUCCAAUAAUAAUAUCUUGGGUUGUUGCAAACAUGCCUGAUACUCUACAAGAAGUUGCAGAAUCAUUGGUAUUCAAUGCAGAAAGAGGUGAAGAAGGAGGUAUAAGAGCAAAAACACUGUCAGCUCUGUGCAAUGCAUGUCCUUACAUAGCAGCCUCUAUACGAUCUAAAGCAGCAUCAGCUGCUCGCCUCCCAUCUCUGGUAGUCAAUCUCACACUGAAACACCACCAAGAUGAUUUGGUAUCAUUUAUGUCUGGAUUACUGUUGGGUUCUGAUCAAACUACAAGAGCAUGGUUUGCAACAUUUUUACGUAAUUCACACAAGAGAGGGAAAGGUGAUGGUCAUGCAGCCUUAACUAAACUUCGACAAGAACUAUUGAAUAGGCUCAAAGAUGCUUCAGCUGGAGUCAAUGCGUCUGCAUUAUUAAGGUUAUAUUGUGCUCUCAGAGGCAUAGCCGGCAUUAAGUUCCAGGAUGACGAAGUGUCUGGCUUGCUCAGACUGGUGACCCAGAAGCCUCCUCCAACUCCAGCUGGUGUCCGAUUUGUUUCUCUGAGCCUGUGUAUGAUACUUGCUUGUCCAUCACUAAUGGCUGCCCCAGAACAUGAAAAGAAAGCCAUAGAAUGGGUACAAUGGUUGGUGAAAGAAGAAGCAUAUUUUGAAAGUAAUUCGGGCGUGACUGCAUCUUUUGGCGAGAUGUUGCUUCUGAUUGCUAUCCACUUCCAUUCUGGCCAACUGGCAGCGGUAGGCGAAUUGGUUUGCGCUACUCUGGGCAUGCGCGUGCCAGUACGGCCAAACGGGUUAGCGCGCAUCAAACAAGCAUUCACUCAAGAAAUAUUUACUGAACAAGUUGUAACAGCACAUGCAGUCAAAGUGCCAGUUACUGUAAACCUUAGCAAUAAUAUACCUGGAUACUUACCCGUGCAUUGCAUUCAUCAGCUGCUGAAGUCGAGAGCCUUUUCCAAACACAAAGUCCCCAUCAAAAACUGGAUAUAUAAACAAAUUUGCAACUGUACUGCUCCUUUACAUCCCGUCAUGCCUGCUCUCGUUGAAGUUUAUGUAAACUCUAUCCUGGUAAUCAACAACAAGGGAUCCAACGAAUAUGUUAAUAAACCAAUAACAGAAGAGGAAAUCAGAAAAGUUUUUCGGAACUCCAUUUUUGGCGCAAACUUUGAUGUGCAGAAUAAAUCGUUUACUCCAAUGGAAAUAGAUAGAGAAUCUCCCAUUGAAAUGAAUCUGGAAAAACCGACAUUGGCGUCCCAAUUAUUGCUCAUAUAUUAUCUCUUGUUGUAUGAGGACGUAAGAUUGUCUAACACUGCUACUCUGAUUGCAAAUGGGAGAAAAGUAAAAAGCUAUUCUGCAGCCUUUUUAUCUGAACUACCAAUAAAAUAUUUACUUCACCAAGCCCAAAAAGACCAGAUGAGUUACGGAGGCCUGUUCAGUCCUCUUCUCCGUUUAUUGGCCACUCAUUUCCCACAACUUUCUCUUGUUGACGACUGGAUGGAUGACCAAGUGUUUGGGGACUCUUGUCGCCAUCAGAGCGACGUGACUCUAUCAGAAUCUGCUAUUCAUGAAGCAUUCCAAAGCAUUGAAGUAAAUCCUUAUAAAACGGGAAAAGUUCUCAAAGCCAUGCUCAAUAAGAAUCCCACUGACAUUUGGCCCUUUGCUGAAAUAUUUGUCAAGUAUUUCAAGAGUGUACUUGCAGAUCAGGUACCCAGACAUAUUCAAGAAUUAUAUCGAGAAGUCUGGUUAAGACUCAACACAGUUCUCCCUCGUUGUUUAUGGAUAAUGUCAAUCAAUGCUUUAUUAGAUAUUAAUGGUAAUGGAAGAAAUGUCACUAUCACACAAGAAAAUGUUUUAGUAGAUCCUCUGCAAGUGCUGAGAUGUGAUAUCAGAGUUUUUAGAUGUGGUCCCAUUUUAAAAAUUAUACUUAGAAUACUAGAAGCCAGUUUAGCAGCGUCUAGAAGUCAACUAAGCAGGCACUUGUUAGAUAAACCUCUUCUUGAGAAAAGUGGCCAAUUGACAUCAGAUUCAGAACGAGAAGAGCUGAAGAACGCACUUGUAGCGGCCCAAGAAAGUGCCGCUCUUCAAAUUUUACUAGAAGCGUGUCUAGAAACGUCAGAAGACCAAUUAAAACCGGAAUUGAUGUGGUCGUUGAAAGAAGUCAGGAGUAUUAUCUGUUCGUUUCUGCACCAGAUAUUUAUAUCUGAACCAUCAUUGGCGAAACUUGUACAUUUUCAGGGAUAUCCCCGUGAACUUUUACCAGUUACGGUUAAAGGUAUUCCAUCUAUGCAUAUUUGCUUGGACUUUAUACCAGAACUUCUGAGUCAGGCAUCACUUGAGAAGCAAAUAUUUGCUGUAGAUUUGGUUUCUCACUUGUCAAUACAGUACGCGUUACCGAAAGCAAUGUCGAUCGCUCGAUUGUGUGUCAACACUCUCUCCACACUACUGUCAGUGUUGCCGAGCGACCUGCGCCUGGAACUAUUUCAACCAGCGUUGAAAUCUUUAGUAAGAAUUUGUACGGCGUUCCCGUCGUUAUUGGAAGACAUAACUUCUUUACUGCUGCAACUGGGACGAAUAUGUGAAUCUCAAGCUUCACUCGGCCAUUGUUGGAACGAUUCGCAUAUAAUGGGUGACAACGCAUACGUGGCAUCGGAAUCACAUCCAGAAACGAAUGUCUUAGUAGCUGAAGUAUUGUGCAGAGAUAUCAAAGUUACCAUGUCAGAAAUAGUGCAAAAGGCUCUUAUAAACGACAAACUGUUCUAACAAUUAAACAAUUUUAAUUAAUCAGUACCAAUAUGUAUGAGUUCUGAAACAUUAAAUUGAAAUAAAAAUCAUAAAAAUUG